AUGUACACAGAUCAUCAGAGCACUGAUGAUCAGUGUGCCCUGAUGAUCUGUGUAGCCCCAGCAGCACCACCUGUCAGUGUCCAUCAGUUGCCCAUCAAUGCCACAUCAAUGCCACAUAUCAGUGCCCAUCUGAGCUGCCUUUCAGUGUCACCCAUCAGUGCCAUCAGUGCUGCCUAUCAGUGCCAGUCAGUGCCGCCUAUCAAUGCCACCUAUCAGUGCCAUAUAUGAGUGCUGCCUUUCGGUGCCCAUCAGUGAUGCCUGUCAAUGCCCAUCAGUGCCACCUACCAGUGCCUCCUCAUCAAUGCCCAUCAGUGCCAUCUAUCAGUGUCCAUCAGUGCAGCCUAUCAGUGCCCAUCACUACAGCCUCAUUAGCGCACAUCAGUGA